AUGCAGGAGAGUUUGAUUGAGUGGUUGGAGGAGCAGGGGUAUUGGAAGAGGAACAAUGGGUGGGACCAGGUGAUUAUAUGUCAAGACCCCAAUGCAUUGUACAAGGUUGUGGAUAGAGUUAAGAAUGGGGUGUUGCUUGUUUCGGAGUUUUCGUUGGUGAAGGAUGUGAUAUUGCCAUAUUCGCAUCUGAUUAAAACCUUUGAUGGGGAUGUUGGUGUUGAGUCUAGGAAGUCGUUGGUGUUCUUUAUGGGGAACCGGUACCGGAAAGAGGGUGGGAAAAUUCGUGACAUGCUUUUUCAACUACUUGAGAAGGAAGAAGAUGUGAUAAUAAAACACAGUGCACCAUCCAGAGAGAGUCGACGUGCAGCUUCGCAAGGGAUGCAUACAUCAAAGUUCUGUUUACAUCCUGCUGGCGAUACUCCGUCAGCCUGUCAAUCUUAA